UUUUCCCCGAGGGCAGACCACGGAACGCCUAGCAAGAUGUAUCUCCUCUGCGGACUUACUUUUCUGGCGGGCUCCACGAUAGUCAGCGCAGGUUCCGCGCAGAAUGCCUACGAUAAUCAUCUGAUCGCUCUGAUGAUGAACGCUGAGAGCCGCAGAGUGAAUACAUACUCUGAGUAUUCGCUCAACGCGAGCGCGUGUUACGGUGACCUCGGUUGCUUCAGCAGGCAGCCUCUCGGAUAUCUUCCGGAACCACCUCAAUCGAUCAGCCCCAAAUUCCGCCUUUACACUCCAACUUCAGAUUCUGCGGCGAGGGUUUAUGGCUACGAGUCGACCGUAGGUCAGGAAGAUGAAGAAACUCAGAAGUCACUGAGAGAUCCACGCAAAAAGCUCGUUUUCGUCGCUCACGGCUUCGGUGGUAACGGCGACCUGAGCUGGCUCCACGAGAUUAAGGAGGCGAAAACGAAAGUCCACGGUGACAACGUCAUCAUAGUCGACUGGACGAAAGGCGCUCGAGCUUCGACCCUCUAUUUCGGCGCUGCCGCGAACGCUGAUGUGGUCGGGAGGAUCGCCGCCCAUCUAUGCUUGAAGCUUGUUGAGGAGUACGCGAUCCCUUUGGAAAACGUCGAGUUCAUCGGAUUUUCCCUCGGUGCUCAGGUUGCCGGCUUUUUCGCUAAAGAAGUUUUCCAAAUCUGGGGGGAAAAGAUCGGCAAAAUCACAGCUCUGGACUGCGCCGCACCCUUAUUCGAGGUUAAUGGAAUUUGGCCCUCAAAGGAGCACGUACAUUUCUUGGAAGCGGUGCAUACGUCUGCAGGGAAUGUUUUAUGGCGAGGCAAAGUUGGUCUGAGCAUGGACUACGGACACGUGGAUUACUACCCCAACGGGGGUAUCGAUCAGCCCGGCUGUCGCUUCUUGGACCUCGCUUGCGCCCACAAUCGCGCGUACGAGUACUACGUUGAAGCUCUGACGAGCAUCCAGAACUGCCUCUAUCGCGGUUUCCCCUGCGCCUCGGUCGAACACGCGUUCAAGGGCAGCUGCCAUCCGGUUUUGGACGCGAGACAUUUCAUCAGCCAGUUCAACGCUACAGCCGAACAUGCAAUCUUCUUCCUAAGAACGAACGAUGCUAAGCCAUUCUGCAUGACGGACUACCAACUCUAAAUAAUGCGGUGUGACCAGACUCAGCUUGGCUGACUUCUCGAUCGUAAUUUCGUCGCUACUCAACAAAGGGAGAGUACCGGGCCGGAGUAUAAUGCAGCCGAUUUUUCUGCAAUUCUUCAGCGCUGUGUUCACUCGCUCAACAGGGCCUGGUGAAGCCGACGAUGCUCUUUGGAUGAAUAAAUACUUUUGAGAA